AUGGCAUAUGUGGGUAAUGGACAUGUAGCAACAGUUAUUUUCAGUGAUUUCAUUUAUAUGAAUGGACUCUAUAAUGGUGUCAACGCAUCUAAUGAACGAGAACCGGAUGAAAUAUGGUCAUCGCACGCUUCUCUUUGGAACCAAGUCUGGUUAAAUGGACGAAUUGACAUUCGUGACGAUGUUGAACUACAACGACAAGUGAAUUCUGCUCUAUAUUAUAUUCUCAGUUCGCUUCCGCCAUUAUCCACACGUAGUGAACAUAAACAAUUCUACGGACUGAGCCCUGGUAGUCUAUCUCGUGGUGGGCGUCUUGGAGAAGAUUAUGGCGGUCAUUCAUUUUGGGAUACGGAAACAUGGAUGUAUCCAUCGAUUCUUCUCUUCUAUCCAACAUUAGCUAAAGAAAUUCUUUCAUAUCGCAUCGCCCUACGUGAUGCAGCCACGUAUAAUGCUGAUCUAUUUGGCUAUGAGGGGUGGAGAUAUCCUUGGGAGAGUGCACGAACAGGAAUCGAUGUGACUCCGGAUUGUUGUCCCGAAGUUCGUCUCUAUCAGAUGCAUAUCACUGGCGAUAUAGCUUUUUCUGCAAGACAAUAUAUUGCCGCAACACGUGAUCAGUCAUGGUUGAAGACCGAAAUGGGUGGUGAUCUCAUCUAUGAAACGGCACGAUUUUGGGCGUCGAGAGCGAUAUAUAAUUCGGACCGAAAUCAAUACGAAAUCUUGAUGGUAUUGCCACCUGAUGAAGAUGCUCAACCGUUCAAGAACAAUUCCGUCUUUACGAAUGCUGUUGCUUCGCUUUCCAUUCAAUUAGCAAAUCAAGUCGGUUGUAUAACUGAAAAGCUGGUGCCUCAACUAUGGCUCGACAUAGCCAAUAAUCUUUAUUUUCCAUUCGACAAUGUCACUCAAAUUCAUCUCGAAUAUGAAAAUUUCAAUCCUAAGAAUGCGACUAUAAAACAAGCCGAUGUAGUUCUUCUCGGUUUUCCAUUGAUGUGGCCGAUGAGUAAAGAAGUACGACGUAACGAUCUGUUGACCUAUGAACGUCUGACUCGAGACGAUGGACCGGCUAUGACCUGGUCAAUGCAUGCAAUCGGACAUCUUGAAUUAAACGAUUUUGAACUAGCGGAAGAACUCUUUCGACGUUCGUACGAAACCUAUGUUCGACCACCAUUCAAUGUGUGGACUGAAGCUCGAUCUGGAGUUGGUGCUGUCAAUUUUAUAACAGGUGCAGGAGGUUUUCUGCAAGCAGUACUUUUCGGAUACGGUGGUCUUCGUUUAACUCUUAAUGAACUUGAAAUAAUGCCACCGAGUCGUUUGCCCAAUCGAUCAACACAACUUGUCUUUCAUGGUCUCAAAUAUAAUGGUGCUACAUUAGACUUGACGAUUGAGAAAGAGAUGUAUCAUGUCAGUGUACGUGCGUUGAAUAACGACAAUUCCAAAUCAAUACUCUAUGAACAUGAGCAACAACGAGGUUCGCUCCGAGUUAACGAUAUUCUUUCCUUUCCAGUUGAUACACGAUUGAUUAUUUAUCUGGCGACACCACUUUGUCUUUGA